CUCAUACUCUCUCAUGGCGCACCACAAUCACUUCCCUUUUGUGAUAAAAUCCAUGAUCACUGCUUUGUUCUUCAUACUGCAUUGUAUCAUGUUUAGCGGUACGGUUGCAGGAAGCCGGAAAGGGCAAUGGCAACAGCUACUAAACAACACCGGUGUGGUGGCCAUGCAUAUGGCAUUGACACACCACAACACUGUCAUCAUGUUUGAUCAAACAGAAGCAGGCCCUUCGGGGUACAGGCUUCGAACGCGCCACAACGGAAACAGAUGCACAGAUAACCGUGAUGACGUAGCAGACUCGUCGUGCUAUGCUCACUCCGUGGAGUACGACAUUUCUAGCAACAAAGUUAGGCCUCUGAGGCUGUACACUGAUACCUGGUGCUCCUCGGGGUCUUUCUUGAGCAACGGGACACUUCUGCAGACAGGCGGAUAUGGGAGUGGCACGCGAAGAAUUCGAUACUAUAGACCUUGUGGUAAUGGAAAAUGUAAUUGGAGGCAGUCAGAAAGAUCGUUAUCUAAGGAUCGUUGGUACGCUUCAAAUCAAUUGCUCCCGGAACAUGAUAGGGUUAUUGUGGUUGGUGGAAGAAGGACAUUUACGUACGAAUUUGUUCCAAAAAUGUCAUCCAAUGAAGGCUCUCAUGAGCUUUCGUUCUUGCACCAAACUUAUGACCCAAACGAAGGAGGGAACAACCUCUAUCCCUUCCUUCACCUUUCAUCAGAUGGAAAUUUGUUCAUCUUUGCCAACCGAAACUCCAUUCUUUUCGAUUACGAACGCAACAGGGUGAUCAAGACCUUCCCACGCAUUCCCGGUGAUGGCUCAAGGAACUAUCCAGGCUCCGGCUCAUCAGUGAUCCUCCCUCUAGACCAUGCAAACAGGUUCGAAAAAGUGGAAGUCAUGGUGUGUGGCGGCGCUGCCUCAGGAGCCUACAGAGCAACAAGACAAAACAGGUUCUUGAAAGGCCUGAGCUCUUGUGGAAGAAUGGUGAUCACAGGGAACAGACACAAGUGGAACAUGGAGAACAUGCCAGGCCCUCGCCUUCUCAACGACAUGCUCAUCCUCCCAACCGGAAAUGUCCUAAUCAUCAACGGUGCCAAGCGUGGCUCGGGUGGAUGGAACAAUGCAAGAAAUGCUUCACUCCGGCCUUACCUCUACAAACCAAAUAAAAAACUAGGCAAAAGGUUCUCGGUCCUCAAGUCCACGAAAAUUGCAAGAAUGUAUCACUCCUCAGCCGUUCUUUUGCCCGAUGGGCGGGUUUUAGUUGGUGGUGGAAACCCUCAUGACAGGUACACUUUCAGCAAUGUGGCCUACCCAACAGAGCUUAGGCUCCAAGCAUUUGUCCCACACUACAUGAGAAGGAAAUACCAUACACAUAGACCUACUAAUGUGACCAUACAAUAUGGUCAAAAUAAUUACAAUGGUGUGAGGUAUGGGGAAGAAUUUAAUGUGACGUUUCUCUUGGAGAGGAAACCAAGCGAUGUAGUGGAGUUUACCGCUUACUCGCCGCCUUUCACGACGCACUCCAUAUCCAUGAACCAGAGGCUGCUCAAGCUGAGGUGCAAGAGUCUGGUUAGGGCGCAGGGUGGUUUGGUACAUGCAGUUGUGGAGGCUCCUCCAUCUGCUAAUGUUGCACCCUCUGGCUAUUACAUGCUUACUGUUGUGAAUGGUGGGACUCCUAGCAUGUCUGAGUGGGUUAGGUUCAUGCAUCAUUGAGGUCCUCUGUUGAUUUUAGUACUGCUACUAUAUAUAUAUAUG